UCCGCUGACUCUGCGCAGCCUGUGCGCCCCGCGAGCCCCGGAGGUCCCUCGGGAGGACGGCGGGUCACCCCGGAGGAAGCAAGGAGCCACCUGGGCUGCGUGCACUGAGAGUGGUCCCCAAGGUUGGGAGUGUGCUCAGCCACCAAGCGGGGGUUCCUGGUGAACAGCGGUGACAGGCUGCUUCUCUGAGCUGGGUCCUGUGUCCUCCAUCAGAUCUGCUGCCAUUCAGUUCCAGUUUGUCCCCAAGCAUGUAUUUCAUUCCUUGACUGAAUCAUACCUACAUGUGAAUUCAUUUCUUUUGUGGGACUGAAGACAUUUCCCCUGAAUAGGGAAGCUUUCUCUGCACCCUGUUGCAGUUUGAUGGAGUAAACUUGGGUUUUUCAGUCUCUUCCUUUGGACUUUAUCUUCUUACAUAAGAAAACCUAUAGAACGGAGGACAUGCUGAACUCCCAGAGCUCAGAAUCCAUCUCCAGGACUGUGUCCUCUGCUGUGUGAGGCCCCCGGGGCUCUGGCUGAGACUGUCCCUGUGAGCUGCAGGUGCUGUGAGAUCCCCAGGAAGGAUGUCUGGACUCCCCAGAAGGCAGGAAAUGAACUCAGUGGCCUUUGAGGAUGUGGCUGUGAACUUCACUAAGGAAGAGUGGACUUUGCUGGAUCCUUCCCAGAAGAAUCUCUACAGAGAUGUGAUGCAGGAAGUCCUUAGAAAUCUGGCUUCUCUAGGAGCCAGAUGGGAGGUCCAUAACGUUGAAGAUCAGAACACAAAUCCCAGGAGAGAUGUAAGGCACAUUAUAUCUCACUCUGCAAACAAAGCAUAUGAGAAGCAGGAGAGUGGAGGGAAGCCAUAUGAACUUAAACAGUACAACAAAUCCAUCAUUCCUCUCAUAAGCAUUCAAAGACAAGCAUCAGAGCACACUGUAAAUAGACCUUAUGGAUAUUUGACAUGGGGAAGAGAGUUGAGUUCCAGGUGUUUUCAAGAAUAUGGAGGAUCUCAUACUGGGGAGAAUCCAUGUGAAUGUAAGGAACUUGGAAAAGUCUUCUCUGGUUCAAAUUACUUUCAAAAACAUAUACAAACUCAUACUGCAGAGAUGGCUAACAGAUGGAAACAAUGUAGGAAAGCCUUCAUUAGUUCUGCUAACCUUCAAUUACAAGAACAAACUCAUACAGCAAAGAAGCUCUAUCAAUGUGAACAAUGUGGAAAAGCCUUCACUACUUCCUCUUACCUUCAAAUACAUAAUCGAACUCAUACUGGAGAGAAACCCUAUGAAUGUAAGGACUGUGGGAAAUCCUUUACUUCAUCCAGUAACCUUCACUCACAUAAAAGAACUCAUACAGGAAAGAAGCCCUAUGAAUGUAAACAAUGUGGAAAAGCCUUCUGUAGUUCCUCUUCUCUUCAAAUACAUGAACGAUCACAUACUGGAGAGAAACCCUAUGAAUGUAAGCAAUGUGAAAAAGCCUUUACUACUUCCUUUUACCUUCAAGUACAUAAACGAAUUCAUACUGGAGAGAAGCCCUAUGAAUGUAAGGACUGUGGGAAAGCCUUUACUUCAUCCAGUCACCUUCGCUCACAUGAAAGAACUCAUAAAGGAAAGAAGCGCUAUGAAUGUAAACAAUGUGGGAAAGCCUUCUGUAGUUCCUCUUAUCUUCAAAUACAUGAACGCUCACAUACUGGAGAGAAGCCCUAUAAAUGUAAGCAGUGUGGAAAAGCCUUUACUGCUUCUUUUUACCUUCAAGUGCACAAACGAACUCAUACUGGAGAGAAACCGUACAAAUGCGAACAAUGUGGGAAAGCCUUUGCUUCAACCAGUGACCUUCACUCACACGAAAGAACUCAUACAGGAAAGAAGCCCUAUGAAUGUAAACAAUGUGGGAAAGCCUUCACUAGGUCCUCUUCCCUUCAAGUACAUAAACGAACUCAUACAGGAGAAAAGCCCUAUGAAUGUAAGCAAUGUGGAAAAGCUUUCACUCAGUCCAUUCAGCUUCACUCACAUGAGCAAAUUCACACAGGAAAGAAACCCUAUGAAUGUAAACAAUGUGGAAAAGCCUUCACUACUUCCUCUUACCUUCAGGUACAUAAACGAAUUCAUACUGGUGAAAAGCCCUAUGAAUGUAAGCAGUGUAGGAAAUCCUUUGCUUCCUCUAGUCACCUUCACUCACAUGAAAAAACUCAUACAGGAAAGAAGCCCUAUGAAUGUAAACAAUGUGGGAAAGCCUUCACUACUUCCUCUUACCUUCAGGUACAUAAACGAAUUCAUACUGGUGAAAAGCCCUAUGAAUGUAAGGACUGUGGGAAAGCCUUUACUUCAUCCAGUCACCUUCGCUCACAUGAAAGAACUCAUAAAGGAAAGAAGCGCUAUGAAUGUAAACAAUGUGGGAAAGCCUUCUAUAGUUCCUCUUAUCUUCAAAUACAUGAACGCUCACAUACUGGAGAGAAGCCCUAUAAAUGUAAGCAGUGUGGAAAAGCCUUUACUGCUUCUUUUUACCUUCAAGUGCACAAACGAACUCAUACUGGAGAGAAACCGUACAAAUGCGAACAAUGUGGGAAAGCCUUUGCUUCAACCAGUGACCUUCACUCACACGAAAGAACUCAUACAGGAAAGAAGCCCUAUAAAUGUAAACAAUGUGGGAAAGCCUUCACUAGGUCCUUUUACCUUCAAAUACAUAAACGAAUUCAUACUGGAGUGAAGCCCUAUGAAUGUGAAAAAUGUGGGAAAGCCUUCACUAGGUCCUCUUCCCUUCAAGUACAUAAACGAACUCAUACUGGUGAAAAGCCCUAUGAAUGUAAGCAGUGUAGGAAAUCCUUUGUUUCCUCUAGUCACCUUCACUCACAUGAAAAAACUCAUACAGGAAGGAAGCCCUAUGAAUGUAAACAAUGUGGGAAAGCCUUCACUACUUCCUCUUACCUUCAGGUACAUAAACGAAUUCAUACUGGUGAAAAGCCCUAUGAAUGUAAGCAGUGUAGGAAAUCCUUUGCUUCCUCUAGUCACCUUCACUCACAUGAAAAAACUCAUACAGGAAAGAAGCCCUAUGAAUGUAAACAAUGAGGGAAAGCCUUCAAUAGGUCCUCUAACCUUAAAAGACAUAAACAAACUCAUACAGGAGAGAAGCCCUAUGAAUGUAAACAGUGUGGAAAAGGCUUCACUACUUCAUCCAGCCUUCAAAUACAUAAUUGAAUUCACACUGGAGAGAAGCAGUGUGGAAAAUUCACACUGGAGAAUGUAAGCAGUGUGGAAAAGCCUUCACUGCUUCCUCUUACCUUAAAAUACAUAAACAAACUCAUACUGGAGAGAAAAUCUGUGAAGGUAAGCAGUGUGGUUAAAGCUGUACUCAGUCCAGACUCCUUCACUUAAAUAAACAAACUUGUACAAGAGAGAAGCCAUGUGAAUGGAAACAAUUUGGGAAAGCCUUCUCUAUUUCCUCUUACCUUCAGAUACAUAAGUGGACUCAUACUGGGGAGAAGCCCUGGAAUGUAAGCAGUGUGGAACACCUUUGAUACUUGCUCUUACCUUGAAAUACUUAAGUGAGCUAGAGAGAAGCUCUGUUACGGUUUGUAUUGAGGUUUCCCCCAAAAGUUUAAGUGUAAAAUAAUGCAACAAGGAUCAGAUGAGGAAUGAUUGGGUCUUGAGAGUCUUAACCAAAUCAGUGAAUUGAUCUCCUUAUAGGAAUUAACUGAUGACUGAAGUGGUAGGGAGUGACUGGAGAUGGUGGGAAUUACGGGCAUAUAUGUGUUCGGCCAUUGGAGAACUCUCACUCUGCUUCCUGUUCAUGAUGUGAGCUGCUUUCCUUUGUCACAUUCUUGCACAAUGAUACUGUGCCUCACCUCAAGCGCCCGAAGAAUGGAGCCUGCUUUCUAUGGAUGGAGGUCUUAAAUAAACUCUCCCUCUUCUACAAUUGUACUUGACUCUUUUAUUUUAUUUUAUUGCGG